AAAAUCGCAAUCACUGCAAUCACAUUCGUCAGUCACAUUCUUCACGACAGACGACACACAGUGUGUAUUGAUAAUCAGACUCGGAGUGUAUUUCAAGUGCUUCUCUAGGACUAUAAAUUAAAUAGUAUUAGGAGAUCUUUUUGAAAAUAAAAUCGUUGGCCAACAUGUUCCAGUGUGUUAUCGUUUUGACGACUUGGUAUCCCUGCUGUUCCAUGUACUUUUUCAGGGUCUCUUUUCCUUCUCGGCCGUGGAUGAACUCCACCGACAACGUCUAAUAAUAUUUUCAGGACGGCCAAUUCGUCACCUUCAAUGUCCAAACUGAAAUAAUCGACUUGGGUUCGGUUGAGAGCCGACAGGAUGGAAAACAACGGGAAACAUUGGACCUGGACGCUGUCGGGUCCUGGUUUAGCCUGGGAAAUGCGGCCCAUGUUGAACGCCUGUUUGAACGCCACCGUCCUUUUUUUAAAAAUUCAAAACCCCAUUUCAAUCGUUGCAGAAAUAAUGAAUUGAUUUUAAAUAGGUAUGCAUUACUUUGGACUGGGUGACGUACUGAGACAGGCCGGAACGGACCAGGCACGUCGGUUCUUCUCCAAUAAUUUCUGGUAAUUCUUAGGAUCAGCUUCGAUGAGAAUUCCUUGCCAACCCAAAUGUUGUUCCAUGAACAAAGUGUUGGAACGCACCUGGCCGUCCAGAGCUCCGCAUUCGAUAAAGAAUCCCUUUUCCUUUUGAUACUCUGAGCUUGUCCCAUGGAAGGAUUUUCGACGAUAGGCGGGUCAAGUUUGAGGUUCUUUACCGUCGACGGCGGAUGCAGAAAUUGGCUGCGGAUUAAAUUCAAAAUGCACGGGUCGUCCUGUUGUAUGGCCGCCAUCGAAUUCACAGACUCUAUCAGGUAAAUAUUCCUUGAUAGGAAUUGAUUGGUGGCGAAUAAAUGAAGAAAAUCAAAGUCAAAACGAUUGUCAAAAAGAGAAGAAUAACGGGCCGUCUUCUCGUCAUUUUCUAGCCGAAUCAAACUCAACUUGCAUCCGCUUCUGAAGCCCACUAUGGCGACUGUGCUGGCCAUCAGGGACGGUUGCCAGAGAGAAGGUGAAAGCGAAGAUGAGCAGAGCAGAACCAAAAAUGUCAAACUGGUUUCUCAGCCCUUUGUGAACACAGAGCAGCAGACGAGCCUAUCAAUUGAGUAGGCACCACUGUGAACUUCGGACGUGGAUGAUAUUUAGUUUCUUUUGUAAAAAUCCAGCGGAUCCAUCAUGUGGGGAUGGCCGAAUGUCCGUUCUAAACCUGGCGCCUUCUUCUACGUACUUUUGCUGGGCUUGGCCGGAUUCGUUUACAACUACAAUUCCAACAGCAACUUGCUGACCAUUUUGAACCAGUCUGAGGAAACUGAGUUGCCCGUCAUUUACGUCAUCACGCCAACGUACCGCCGUCUGGUCCAAUUGGCCGAGUUGACUCAACUGGCCCAAACGCUUUCGCAGGUCCCUUCCGUCCACUGGAUCGUGGUGGAAGACAGUGAAGAGCUUUCAUCCGGAGUCACUCAUCUCCUCCAGCGGUUCGACGCCAUCCCCCACACUCACCUGCACGGUCGGAUGCCGGAACUGUUCCGGGGCAAUGCCUCGAGUACACCGUACACGUCGAGGCCUCGCGGGGCGUCUAACCGCAACCGGGCGCUCCACUGGAUCCGCGAGAACGUCCAGUCGGGCGUCGUUUACUUUGCAGACGACGACAACACGUACGACCUGCGCCUCUUCCACGAGAUGCGUCACACCAAGAAAGUCUCCAUGUGGCCGGUGGGAUUGAUUGGGAUUUACGGCGUCAGCUCGCCCGUCGUCGAUCCCGACACUGGGCACGUCAAGGAAUUUUUCGACGGAUGGGUCGGAGAUCGAACCUACGCCGUCGACAUGGCCUCGUUUGCCAUCAACGUCCAGUUGCUUCAUCAGAAUCCUGACGCAAUGAUGCCUUACCGGGCCGGAUACCAGGAAGAUUUCUUCCUCAAAAGUUUGAAUUUGACUUUGGAGGAUAUUGAACCCAGAGCUAACAAUUGCACCCAGAUUUUAGUCUGGCACACCCAAAAUGCCAACUACAAAUCAGUGCCGUCCUUUGCCCUCAAGAGCCGCUUCGAGAGGACCAACGUACAACAACUUCGCUCACAAACUCUCAAUCUCCUUCCCGUUGCCUAAUAAUCCAUUCAACUAAUGUUUCAACC